AUGAAUGAAAUGCUGCCAAAUUUACAUAAAAGUUUAUCAAAUUGUCCACUAAUGAUCGUGGCAUCUAUGCUAUCUCUGCAAUCGAAGAAUAACCUGCACAAAGAGAAACCAAAAAUCAGAACAAAUGUGUCAAAUGAAGGCAAACAUUUUUGUAAUAUGUGAUUCUAACAUGAAUUUUAACAAUGGCCAAAAUAGUGAAUUUGGUAAUUUUCAAGAAACUUAUGAUUGGAUCGAAUGCGAAUCCAUACAUUUCCCAGGGAAGAUAUAUUUUUUCAAUUUAAGAACACAUCAUAGCACGUGGUCCAGACCAGUGCCAAAAGAUGUGCAGCUUCAACAUUACAAUAGAAAACUGGAUUUUUGCUUUAAAGAAAAAGAGAUUUACAACCAUUUCGAUAAAUCAAAAGUUGUACUAAAUUCUCAUAAGUUAUCUACACUUCAAGAUAAAAUUAUAGUUACAAAAGAAAACGGACAAUCUCCGAAUAAAAAUGAUAAGUUCAUAUUUUCUACUCUAAAUGUGCAAAGUAUAACCUCCAGUUGCAUGCUAAAGGAAAAACCGGAAAAAAGAGGAAAAAAUCAAAAUGCAAAAAAACGUAAAGAAAUGCAGCUGAAAGAGUCGAAACUGGAACCAUCAAAAAUUAUUUGUAAGAUGUAUGGUACCAAAGUGAUUAAUUAUGAUUCUGUCGAACCAAAAUUUCCGCCUGGAGUAAAAAUUACGAAGCUUAGCGAUAGUAGCACGACUUCGUCAUCGUGGUAUGACGAAAAUGUUCAACUUGCUAUUCCGAAUAAUUUCGAAAUUCCUAAUGCAAGUUUGCACGUUAAGCUGAGUGAAUCAGAUUCAAGUAGUACUUCUUGCAGCUGUAAUAGCUGUUCGACGUCAUCUAAUGCAAACAGCACAUCUACUUCGGAUAUCUCUAAGAAAGAAUAA